CGCAGCGGGGCAGAUUGGCCUGCAGUGGUCAGCUGGAAGCCGAGGGGCGGGACUAGCGCAAAAGCCACUCCGGGCGUGGGGCGCAGGCGCGGCUCCUGGGCCAUGGCGGAGAAGCAAGGACAGGACUGGGACCCGGGGCCCCAGCCGUCGGUGCUGUUCCUACACCCGGACUUGGGCGUGGGCGGUGCCGAACGUCUGGUGCUGGACGCGGCGCUGGCGCUGCAGGCCCGCGGAUGUGGCGUGAAGAUCUGGACGGCACACUACGACCCCGGCCACUGCUUCGCCGAGAGCCGCGAACUGCCAGUGCGCUGCGUCGGGGACCGUGCGCAUGGUCUUCCUGGCUCUCUACGUGGAGUUCCUCGCCGACGAGGAGUUCGACGUGGUAGUGUGCGACCAGGUGUCCGCCUGUAUCCCAGUAUUCAAGCUGGCCAGAAGGCGCAAGAAGAUCCUGUUUUACUGUCACUUCCCAGAUCUGCUUCUCACCAAGAGAGAUUCUCUUCUUAAACGGCUGUACAGGGCCCCAAUUGACUGGCUAGAGGAAUACACUACAGGCAUGGCAGACUGCAUCUUGGUCAACAGCCGGUUCACGGCUGCCAUUUUUAAGGAAACAUUCAAGUCCCUAUCUCAUAUAGACCCUGAUGUCCUCUACCCAUCUCUGAAUGUCACCAGCUUCGACUCAGCUGUUCCUGAAAAGCUUGAUGGAUUGGUCCCCGAGGGAAAAAAAUUUGUGUUUCUCUCCAUCAACAGGUAUGAAAGGAAGAAAAAUCUGAGUUUGGCCCUGCAAGCCCUGGUACAGCUGCGUGGGAGAUUGGCAUCCCAAGAUUGGGAGAGAGUUCAUCUGAUUAUAGCAGGUGGUUAUGAUGAGAGAGUCUUAGAGAACGUGGAACACUAUCAAGAAUUGAAGGAAAUGGUCCAGCAGUCUGACCUUGGCCAGUAUGUGACCUUCCUCCGGUCCUUCUCAGACAAACAGAAAAUCUCACUCCUCCAUGACUGCACGUGUGUGCUUUACACACCGAGCAAUGAGCACUUUGGCAUUGUCCCUCUGGAGGCCAUGUACAUGCAGUGCCCGGUCAUCGCUGUGAAUUCAGGUGGGCCCUUGGAGUCCAUUGUCCAAGGCGUCACAGGGUUUCUGUGUGAACCUGACCCCGUGCACUUCUCAGAAGCAAUAGAGAAGUUCAUCCAUGAACCUUCCUUAAAAGCCAAAAUGGGCCUGGCCGGAAGAGCCAGGGUGCAGGAAAAGUUUUCCUCUGAAGCAUUUACAGAACAGCUCUACCAGUAUGUCACCAAACUGCUGGUAUAAUCAGAUUGUUUUUAAGGUCUUCAUUUUCCACUCACUAAUCUCGAUCUUCAUGGACUGUAGACCUAGUUUUGGAACCAAAAUAGAAACUAGAAUCUAGUGCAGAAGAGAUUUUAAAAAUAAAUAAAUUGAGCCUGAACCACUGACCUAUAUAUACCAUACCUCCCUAUUAUUUGAAAAAAACAAGGUCUUUUAUGCUGUACCCAUUCCAAGUCUUACCCGUGUUAAGCGUUAAACAUAUAGUUCCAUGUUCAGAAUAUUUUAAUUAUAUUUUAUCUAGGUUAUUGCUGUUCUGUCUAUAUAUUUUGAGUGAUAAUUGUGCCUUAAUUGGUUUUGAUAGUCAAAGUAUAUCAUGAUCAAAGUUGAUUAAUUUACUAUUUUGUCAUGUAAUGAGUCCAGGGUUACUGUAGUUUCCAGAGUCAAUCCACCGAACUGUUCACUGUCGUCUGUUAGGAAAUUGUUGGUAAUCUUACCUUUCCCUGAAUCUGUAGCAAGAGUGCUCUGUUUUUUCUUUUUUCACAAAGAUGAUGUAUUUUUAUGUACUGAGCUAUGACAAUAAAAGAUGUUUAUCAAAAAAA